UGAGGUCAUAUGGGCGGUCGGUUAGGUCUUGGCGCGAUUUAGGUUAUCCUAUAUAAUUUGAACUAAUCUACUACUCGGCUGACAAUUAGUGGAGUGAAGAAGGAAGACAUUUCAAGAGCUUGUCGAUAUGAAUCCAGCAUUGCAACGAAAACAAUUUGCCUCUAAGGAAAAACUGUUUCAUAUCCUCACUGAAUUUCAAGCUCUAUUUACAUCCCCAUUUCGACUUUCCGAAGCGACUAGAUGGUGUGAAAGCUAUUUCAAACGUAAUGGGGGUAAUGUUGAAGCUGUCGGUGUGUUCUUGGACUUUAUCUUGAGCCUUGGCUUCAUACAUUUGAUCGAUCAGGGCAUUUUCUCCCACAGAUACGCCUUCAAUGUAGAGAGAAUGAAUGAAUUCUUUGGAAGCUGUUCGCAACCGGAAAACCAAAAGCCUAAAAAUGAUAAAAAUCCAGAGAAAAAUGCUGAUCAGUCAGUUGAACAGUCUUUAGACGGUUCUUUAGAUAUAUCGAUUCAUUCUUGGCUUGAAGGUAACUGUGCCAAGUCAACGUUGACCAAUGCAAGGUCUCACUUAUGGUUCGAUGAAAUAAUUACACGGUUGUCUUGUUUAUUGGAUACAGACAGGGAUGAAUUGAUUGUACUCAUAGAACAGUCGGAACCGUCUAUUUCUGAUUCAUGCACAUCAUCGUCUCCAAAAAUGAACAGCUCUCUACCAGAUAUGGGUACUGCGGCUUACACUAAUAGUUUGGCAUCUGAAAAGUGGCAUCGGUACUUAAAGAAUGCAACCGGUGAACUGGUUGACUUAGUUGCUGUUGCCGCUCUGGAUGCCUUAUCGAAAUGGCCAGAUAAUUUUUCUCAUCGACCUGGGUUGUGCGAAAACAAGUGCUCACCAAGUUCACUUUUGUCUAUCGCAAUAUCCUAUGUGGAAGAUUUUGAGUCAUCUGUCCCCAAGCCAACUGAAUUAUUGUUGGAUUUCAUUUUUAGUAGUUGGUCCAAUGCGAACCUUUUAGCAACUAUGAAUGGUCUACUGAAGAGCUGGAUUAAUAAUAAUAAUAAUAAUCAUACACCGAACAAAAAGAAUUCGAAUAGUAAUGAAAGGGAUCGCCGAGAUUUCCCACUUCCACCUUUGGCCUCACCCGUUGUAGACAGAAACAGAAACAAUGCAUUAAGCGGUAUUCGUAGAACACCGUCAUCCCCCACUAUACUCAAACCUUCUAUCAGUAAUUCAAUCGGUGAAUAUCAGCCUGUCUCGCCGAGUGAUCUAGUUCCUGCAAUGUCUAGCUGUAGACUAUACCAACCUAGUUGUAAAUAUGAAAACAUAAAGCGUCAAGUGUCGUUUCAAAGUCACCGAUUGACCAGAAGACACAGUGAAUAUCACCUAUCUUUGCCUACAUCGCAUUCUUCAGCUUCUAACCAGGUAGGCACUCCUUUAUAUGGGCGGUACUCUAAUUUCUCGUCAUUCAACCUAAAAAAUCGAUCAUCGUCUACACAUUACAGUUGGCCUGUUAUGGAGUGUUAUGAUUUAGCUGUUGCCACGCAACUGACUCUACUAUUUCUGCCUCCUGUAGUAUUUUUCCGGUUAAAAAUCGUAGUUGAUCUUUUGCGUCGAGUUUUAUCGAAUCAUGAACGACUCGCUUCCUUGAUGAUGAACACCCUGUCGUGUAGAGAUUGUGAACGUAGUAAGUCAAUAGAUAUUUCAAUGUUGGAUAGCCCGUCAACUUUGGAGAUAACUAUGCAAGCGAUUGUCAAACUGUUCGGUCCACUGCUGCUGCAUUUGCCAAGUGAUGACUCUGAUGCUGACGCAAAUUCACGCAUCCGUUGGCGAGAAUGUCUUCUCUAUCUCCUUCUCUGUGACUCUGAAAACUUUCUGUUAACACCACCUGCCAAUGUUGUGUGUGAUUUACGACGUGUCACUACUACUAUUAUGGGGAGUGAUGAUGUAGAUGCAGAACAAGAAAAUAUUUUUAAUGUCGAACGGCUCAUUGAACUGAUUAGUUCGUCUUCAUGUAUUUCUGGUGAAUUACGCGGUAGACGGGUUCACUCACCGUCUAAAAUUGAUUCUCUACCAGCAUGUAUACCAUCAAUCAGAUCACGAUUGACUGUCGCCAUGAAUCUUAGAGACAUCAGUUUAGUUAGUCCAGAAGACAAUUCCGUGAAAUGUGCUUCUACGCCUUCAGUGGGUUGUAGAAUUAACAGCUUAGAGAAUUCUCUCAGGCAUAUUAAUGCUGGUGUAGCUUGUCGUCAUCGUUCUUCGGAUAAGGAUAGUUUUGAUGAUGGCAACGAGAGUGCAACACCUCCUAGAAAAUUUCUCUUCGGAAGAUCACCGUGUCGUCCGGUACUUUCUGGAAACAUCAGCAUGGAAAAUUCUCCAGCCAGCUCAACUUCUAGUGUAUUUUUCCAGUCCGAUCUGGAUCCAAAACGAUUGGCUUUAUUAGGCAAUACGGCUCAUUUGAUCAAGCUGCUAAAUCAAAUAAUCAAUGAUCGUGAUAUGAACCCGCGUAGGAAAAUGAAAUGUCUUCAAGAUUUCCGUAAGUCACAUCCAGAUGUGUUUUGGUUGCGUUUCGGCAGUGAACAAACCGCCGCAAGCUAUAUGUCUCGUUUACAGCGUCGUAUCGAUUCACAAUCUCAUCCUAGUGUCUUCGAGAGAAUUACAAACGCCCUACGACGUCGGCGUCAAAGUCCACUGAAACAACAGGAUCCACAACGAAACGGUUUUAUUAGCUAA